AUGGAAACCAGUGGUUACACUGCUAGACUACACUCUACACCUAUGCACACCAGCCAUGGCUAUGAGCAGGUGACAGGAGGGACGGAGUUACAGAACAGCCCAAGCCAGCAGAUCCAAUCCACUGUGGUGACAAUAGCGCUAGAGGAGCCCCCUGUCCGAGAUCACAUUAUAUGGUCGCUCUUCAAUGCCAUGUAUAUGAACGUCUUCUGCCUCGGAUUCAUCGCUCUUGUAUAUUCUGUCAAGUCCCGGGACAGGAAGCUGCUGAAAGACAUGAAUGGUGCAACCGGCUAUAGUUCCAUGGCCCGGAAAUUAAACAUCGCUACCACUGCGGUUUUUAUUUUCAUUGGUAUUAUCAUAGCAAUCGCUUUUAUUGUUUCUUCAACUGCAUCAUACAGCUACGCAUAUGGAUACAGAUAUAGAAAUUGGUAACAGCUCAAAGGCUGUAAUUCCUAAACAU